AUGUACCGCCACCCAUUUUAUCCUCCUCUUUCGACGGAGGAGCUGCAGGAGCGUGACGCGCUCCUCGCACUCUGCAAGGGGACCCAGGAAGCGUUUCCCCGAAAUUCCAUCAGCUCACCUAGCAGCAACGGCUUUCCCAGCAGCAGUGGCGGCAGCCGCGUUUUUUGGGGGAGUAUUGAUGGGGGCAAAGGCAAGUGCAAGAUCAGAAGGAGCUGUUUGGGAUUUUCAGCAGACGGCAGCAAGGUGCUGGCGGGCUUUCAUGACUCCGUGGCUAUUGCCGCUGUCGGUACACUUUCCGCGCAUCUCAACAUCGGCGUGCCAGGCGUCGGCCUUGUGCUUCCACAUCCAGUGCAUCCGGAACUUGUAGCUGUUGGAUGCCAGGGGCCGAACCGUACUGGCUCAAUUUUGCGGCUGCUGGAUUUGCGGCAGCAGCCCCCGCGCUCCCUUGUUCCUGCCGGCAGCAGCAACAGCGAUGUAGGAGCUGCGGGGGUGACGUAUACCUCGCCUUACGGGGAAGAAUGGUGGACAGGGACCUGGCAUCCCUCGGGGAAGUAUUUGGUGUGUAUUGACAAAAGAGAUAGACUGCACGCACUUCAUCCAGAGCAGCCACAGCAGCAACAGCAGCAGCAACAGCAGCAACAGCGGACAGGCAGUACCACCAGCGCCACUAGCAGCAGCGGUGCUUGCGGAUUCAAGCGCAGCGUCAUUCAGCUGGAAUCAGUGACUUACGGGUGCUGCUUCGGGUUGGGUGGGCGUGUGUUGAUAGCCGCUCAAGAAGAUGGUUGCUGUCGCGUGCUGCCUUCUGCUGCUACAGUCGACAGUGGAGCAGCAGCUGCUGCGUUGCAGGUGCCUCUCCUUCAGGGUCCAGCAGUGGUGACGGCGGCCUCAGGAAGAGACGGCGAGGUGUUUGCGGUCGGUGGGGGAGACGGCAGCAUUCAGAUAUUGGAUACGGCGAGCCUCUCUCCUGUGGGGUCUCUUCCUAGAGGAGAUGUGGGGGUGCAAUGUAUGGCCCUCAGCAGUGACGGAUCUCUCAUUGCGUGGGCGACUAAGCGGACUCCUCCAGAGAAGUAGUCUCUGAUGCGGCGCCUGGACGAAGGCCCACGCCCGGGGUCCCCUAAACUCUGUCUUGCUGCAGUUUCUCCCACUGAGGUGCUGCUGCAACUCGAGACUAGUGGCCAGGUAACAGCGACUGCCUUUCAUCCUCACAGGAAGCUCUUAGCGGUUGCCUGUGACUUAGAAAGCAGCGGCAGCAGCAACAGUAGCGGCACCAGCAGCAACCGAUAUGGCAGCAACAACAAAAAUAUAGGCAUCAUCACUUUAGAUUGA